AUCAGACUUCGUUGACGACGUUGACGAUGUAAUCAACUCUAAUAGCCAGCUACCAUGUGGUGAUAUUAGAUUUCUCGGUGAUUUGACAAAGAGCCACUACAAACAUUAUUUGAAGUAAAUUGUUUUUUGCAAAUUUAGUAACCAGCUUGUGUUUGGACAGUUUCAUCUAUUUUUCUGAAUCUUUAUUUACAACAUGAGCGCCCAAAGAACCUCAGAAGUGGAUCCAACCUUCAAUGUUAGUCGGAAAAUAAUUUCAACAGGUAAUUCCGUCAUAGGGAAAGAAAACACAUUGAAAUCCUUUGUUGAUGACUUGUGCACGUUUACUGGUGAAACAUCACUGCAUGGGAUACGUUUUGUCGGUAACAAGUCAAUUCGCAUUGCUAGAAGGUGUUUUUGGAGUAUUUUAGUCACUUCAGCGUUAUGCACACUGGGGUACUUAUUGAGAAAAAGCGUAGUAUACUACCAAUCGCUUCCAGUUGCUACUAAGAUUUCGAUUGAUCGCAAUUCAGAGGUUGGUUUUCCGGCCGUUACGUUUUGUAACUACAAUCAAUUUCGAAAGUCACGGAUGACGCCCGACGAGAAGGCCUUACUCCAUGGCUAUCACAACGAUAUUUCGUCGAAUUAUUCCCAGAUAAACGACUGGAACAUGACGGAGAUAUUCUACCGAUCUAGUCACCCUAUUGAAGACAUGCUUCUGUUAUGUUUAUGGAAAACUAUUUCACCAUGUGGUCCUGAAAAUUUUACAACUCAGAUAUAUGAUUUUGGAGUAUGCUACACUUUUAAUGGUAUUGCAAAUGACAUCACUCUAAAUGUAUCAAAUGCUGGUGUUUCCAGUGGAUUGAUUUUAUUAAUUAAUAUUAACGAGACAGAAAAUACCGGUGAUAGAUACGGAAUCGCAGGAAUUAAGAUGAUGGUACAUCCCUCCAACGAGCGACCUCUAGUGCAGGCAUUUGGAUUCUCAAUAGCGCCAGGUUUUCAUGCAGACGUAGCACUAAGGAACGUUCAGGUAAAAUAUUACCGUUUUGUAAGCGAUGAUGACGUAAAGUGUGAUUGUCCGGUUGCGUGUGACCAUACUGCCUAUCAUUCCCGUAUCUCAACUGCACUUUGGCCGGACACUACUGCUAUCAAAAGACUUGAAAAGACGCAUGGAUAUACUAAAGAAUACAUAAGAGAAAACAUACUUCAAGUGAGAAUUUAUUUUGAAGAUUUAGAUGUGGAGGUUACAGAACUAGUCUCAUCAUACUCUGGUAUACAGUUACUUUCUGAAAUAGGUGGUAAUAUGGGUCUACUUUGUGGAAUGAGUUUGAUCACAUUAGUUGAAUUUGUGGACUUCGCAUUUUUCUCUUUGAUGCAACGAAUAUUCGGAAAUAAAAAGAAGAUUCGUCCUACUACAAAAUAAUUUAAUCGUGAUAUAUUGGAACCAGAGAAGCUGGAAUUGAAGUAAUGACCGUGGCAGCAGAAGGCGUACAACGACUGCACAGGUGUGGUUAACGAUCACAAAAUAAACAAUCAAUGAUUAUACUUUACUCAAAAAGUAAAUUUUAUAUAUUUCCUACUUUUUGUUUGACAUAAGAACACCUAUUGCGAUAUGUGAUAUAUACAUGCACAUAUCAAUAUAUAUUUUUCAAUAAUUAUGUAACACUAUUCGCAGGUAUAGAUUAUAGUUAUAUUAACGAUACUCAGGUUUGUGUUUAUUUUAUACACCUAACAACACAAUACUAAAGCUGCAUUCCAGUAUUUAGAAGCGUGUAUCGAGAGUCAUAAUGAUUUAUUUUUAAAUUAAUCUUUCACACAAGUGUAUACUUUGAAAAGCAAAAGUGCGUCCGGAACAGAAAGCUUAAAGACAUAUGGUUUCAAGAUAUAUUAAAUUCAAAGAACAACUAAAACCCAAAACCGCUUAAACAAGAUAAUUUAGGUUAAAACCUUCACCUUGUUGCGUAAUAACCUUUACGAAAAAAAAAAGUACUUAAUGGUAUUUAUGUACGUUUGUAGCCUUUUUUCCAAUGUAAAAAAAAUCUUUGAAACAUUUUGUCAAUGAGAGAAAAGCACACAGACACACACAGAACCACCCCAGACACACAGACACACUCUAUUGUACCUUUCACCUUUCUAAUAAAGAGGCGAGAGUAAUUAAUCUCUUUUUCCCUCCCCUUACUUCUCUUCAAAUGUUACCCCUCUCCUCCAAAUAAAACUGUCCUACACUUUAUCCUGUACUUUCAAAAACAAUACAAAAUGCUAAGUAUCUUUCUUCCUUCUUCUAUCUCUAAAAAUUGCUAUCAUUUACCCCUUCUUAUUUAUCGAUAAACAACUAUGAAUGUCAAUAAAAUCGAAUAAAAUUAAGAAAAUACAGUUUCUAUUAUGUUAGGCUAUAACUAGAACAUAGAAAAACAUUCCUUCCCCACAUCGGGUAGGUAAUGCAGAAUUACCUGCUUAUAAGAAUAUGAAGGACCAGAAUUAUAACAAAGUAAACUGCUGCAAUAACAUUAUGGAGAUUGUUUCCAUCAGUAUUUGUAGUUUGGAGCUACCAUGCAAAGAGAAUCUAAAAAACCCCUCCGUUUAAAUUUGAUAUAGAGGACUAAAUUUGUAAUUUUCUUUAACUUUAUAGUUUAUUCAAAGACCUAUAUCGCUGUUAUUUAGUUGAGAGAUUAAAAUUUUUAAAUACAAUUAUUUGUCUAAAAUAGAAAUGGGAACAUUUUAAGCAAUUAACAUUUUAUUAAAAAUGUUAGUUUAUAGUCCAACUACCUAAAUCACACAAUAUCUAGAUUAGGUUUUCAGCUUUAACAUAAAACAUUAAAAUGCUAAAUAGAAAUUCCAGUUGCAUUUUCAAAAAACAAAUGAUCAGAUGAAAUCAAUUUAAAAUUAGGACAUGUAUAUAAUAAUGUACUGUACUUUACAUCAUUUGAACGUUUGUUUAAAAAAAUACACGUCAAUUAUACAUUGUAAUCGAAUAUGGUACGAACCAUCUAUAUUUGAUUUAUUUGUGAACGCAUAUUUAUUAUCUUUUAACGGAUAUUUUGCAUCUUUAUAAUAUUUCUGUAUAUACAAUUGUGAAAUGUAUUUUACGUUUUGUGUAGAAUAACUGGACUAAGGCAACAAGUUUAGUGCCACCAUCGGUGAUACCGCCACUAUUAGUGAGUUUUAUCAUUUAUUCAUCGUCGAAUCAGAUUAAUUGUUUCAAAUUAGCACCACCAUAUUUUUAAUUUAUCUUUAUUACUAUUAUUAUAUAUUUUAUUAUAAAUUGUUACUAAAAUAGUGGGAGCCGGUGGGCCCAGUAAUUACGUUCUCGGUCUCUCAAAUUUAAGGUUGCAGAUUCGAACCUUUGUUAUAAAUUGCGCUUGGUGACCUUGGGCAAGGCACUAAAACUACGUUAGUUUUUUUCUCUACCCAAGAAUAUAAAUUUGUACCUGGUUUGAUGAUUUAGCAUUGAAUGUAUUAGUUUGUAUCAGUAUGAAAUUACAAGCACGACUAGGAAUACGUCCAGGGAAUGUUUUGUAUCUUUAUAAUAUUUCAGCACAUACAAUUAUGAAAUGUAUUUUAAGUUAGAAACUCGUUCAUAUAAUUUUAACAGAUUUUUGUAGAAUAACUGGACUAAGGCAACAAGUUUAGCGCCACCAUCGGUGAUACCGCCACUAUUAGUGAGUUUUUUCAUUUAUUCAUCGUCGAAUCAGUUUAAUUGUUUCAAAUUUGCACCACCAUAUUUACUUUUCACAAUAAUUAUUACUAUUAUUAUAUAUUUUAUUAUAAUUUGUUACUAAAAUAGUGGGAGUUAGUGCACCCAGUAAUUGCGUUCUUGGUUUCUCAAUUUUAAGGUUGCAGAUUCGAACCUUUGUGUUGUGCGUGUUAUGCGUUUGGUGACCUUGGGCGUUAGUCUCUUUCUCUAACGCCCAAGGUCUCUUUCUCUACCCAAGAAUAUAAAUUUGUACCUGGUUGAUGAUUUAGCGUUGAAUGUAUUAGUUUGUAUCGGUAUGUAAUUACAAGCACGACUAGGAAUACGUCCAGGGAAUGGAAGAAGUUCCACUUUGCGCUAGUUUGCUAAUUAUGAUUGUUCCAAAGGCACAAAUAAGGCACCGUAUAAACGCCUAUAUAUUACAUAUUAUUAUUAAUAAUUUAAUUUGUGGUUGUUUACGUCACAGUAAUAAAUACUUUGUUGAUUUUUACCGCAAGGUCUUGCACUUGGGUUGAAUUAGUAGGCAAGCAGAUCAGAUUAGAUGCUUUUUUCGGGUUGAGGUGGAAAUGGAAUUACUUUCGGUAAUAUUGAUAUUUACUGAAAAUAUAGGUUUUGAAAAGUUCAAAACUCAAAAUUACCGAUAAUCCAUUUGAGGAACACCUCCAAAUGAAGCAUUCAAAAUGUGAUUACCAUAAUUUGUUUAAUAGUGCAAUUUACCUUUAGUCUCUGCUGUAUUAAAAUAAUAAUUUCUCUUCUAGCAAAAUCAGUCAACAUUUAGGGAUGCUGCCCGUGCUCCCUUAAGAUACCAAAGUACAAGGAAAUGACCCCCUUUGAUUCUUAAUUCUCAUUGGUCAAAUGACACGUAAUCUUAUUCAAGCAUCAAUUAGAUAGAAUGGGAUGUGGUAACUUAAAUAAAAUUCUUACUUAAGUUCUAGCAUUAAUCUAAGUAACACUUCAUCUGUAAUUUUGUAUCUAGUAAACAUAUAUGUAUUGUUUGAUCAAUUCUGCAAUAAAAUACUUUACUCUA